UAGGAGGAGCAUAACUUUGAAGGGGUUCCAUUCGUAGCCCUCGACCUCCGCUGUUUAAAAUUAUUAUAGCGUUCUAAGGAAACAGGCCUACAAUUGUUCAAUCGGUAGGCUAUCGGUAGGCCUAAUCUAUAUUUCGUUUUACUGCUGGUGUGUAUGGAAACCAAAUAGCAUGCUCCGAGAGAGACUCCAUUGUAGAUAGCAACGUUUCGGACGAGAUCACAUCAGCUGAAAACCCAUUCACUCUGAUUAACCAGGACAAGGCUUUUACACUCUGAUGGCUGAGGAGAACAACUUCCCCCCUCUGCCCGGGUUCAUCCCCCUGAAGCCCUGCUUCUACCAGAACUUCGAUGAGAUCCCAGAGCAGCACCGCAGCACGUGCAAGAAACUCUACCACCUCUGGAUAUUUCAUUGUGCCACGCUGGCGGUGAACUUCGUGGGCUGUCUGGCGUGGAUGUUUGGCGGUGGGGGCGUGACCAACUUUGGCAUGUCCAUCAUGUGGCUGAUCCUCUUCACGCCGUGCUCCUAUGUGUGCUGGUUCAGACCCAUCUACAAGGCCUUCAAGACAGACAGCUCAUUCCACUUCAUGGCCUUCUUCUUUGUCUUCAUGGCUCAAGUAUUCAUCAGCAUCAUCCAGGCUAUUGGAAUCCCGGGCUGGGGAGUGUGUGGCUGGUUGGGUACCAUCUCCUUCUUUGGCACCAGCAUCUUCUCCUCCAUCAUCAUGCUCGUCCCCACUCUCAUGUUCACUGCCAUGGCAACGCUUUCCUUCAUCGCCCUCACCAAGGUGCAUAACUUCUACCGGGGCAGCGGGGGCAGCAUGACCAAGGCCCAGGAGGAGUGGACCACGGGGGCCUGGAAGAGCCCAGUGGUGCAGCAGGCAGCACAGCAGGCAGCUAUGGGGGCCAUGGCCGGGGGCAUGCAGGGAGCAGGACCGGGACCGCAGCAGCCCCAGUACUCCGCUCCGCCGCCCAGCUACGACUACGACAACCAGGUGUAGG